AGAUAAAAUACGCGUGACGCCAACGCAAUAAAAGUGGAUCCUCACUGCCAUGAAAGCCCAGAAAUAAACGUUCCGGAAUUGGACACAGACUACCAUCGUUCUUCUAAGGCUGGCAAAACCUACGUAGAGAGAAUGCCUGGAACAUUUUUAAUCGUUCUUGCUUCCGUCUCAUUGCCUGCACUGGUUCUCACCAAACUAGGGGCGCCCGGUGGUCUGCAGAAGUUAACACACGACACCGCAGACGCAUUGAAGGUGUUUGAAAGCUUUCCGCACGUGGUCGCUCUCUCGGAUUCAAACAAUGAUACCAUAUUUGAGUGUAUGGAAGCAAACAGAACAGCGUUUGACCCUAUUGCAAAGACCGCAACGUUCGUAUGGGCAUUUGGACCUCCAGGGUCUUCAAACAAGCUAUAUGUUCCAUUCCCUCAAAGAGUUGGAAACGAGCCUGGAACAAUUGAAUUUUGGACUCCGGGAGAUUCCACACCAAGAGAAGGAAGGCUGUACUACACGGACUACGACGCUUGCGCUGUUUUAGAUUUUGAGAUCCUCGGACAUCAAUGCUCGCUGUGGGUCCGGAGAGAUGCCAUUACGUCUUUGCCACAAGAGUGCGUCGACCAAUACGAAGAUACCUGCGGCGUGGUGGUUCCAGAGCAACGCAAAGAUCUUUGCGCCGACAGUAAUAUCAACUUUUGAUGAUGAACAUCAUUGCACACUGCGUUGACGAAACCAUACAGACGACAGCUGCAUAUGUGCCGGUUACGCUGAAGAAUAAAUAUUGGGGCCUGAAGUUUU